CCACACCCUCUCCAGCCUUUUCUAGUAUUUUCCUAUCUUUCUUUUAUAGCAAUCGCUUUCUCGCGCGUAAACCGGAGGGUUGUAGCCGGUCUGGUUUCGGUUUAACUUUUCUAAAUGGUUCUCUUUGUCCCAUUUUUUUUUUAUUGUUUUCGUGUGUUUUUGAAGGUUUUAUAAUAAAGCGAGACUUAGCCCUUGUGGAGGUGGAACGCAUUACGCUCUGUGAUGUGGACUGGCAAUGUGUCUCAGGGCAACAUCAGCUUGAAGAAGCAGCGGAGUCGGAGUAUUCUGAACUCGUUCCUGUGUUGCUUUCGCGACUACAAUGUGGAAGCAGUCCCCACCAACAACAACACCAACGCCCACCCUCCAGUGGAAGAGAAUGGGUCCAUCGCCAAGUCUGACCAGGUGCAGGUCAUUCCCAGUCCCAGUCCUCCGACCAAAUUCCUCUUACCCGAGAGAAAAGCGAACGACGCUGGAAAGAAAUGUGUAGUCAUCGACUUAGAUGAAACCUUAGUCCAUAGUUCAUUUAAGCCCAUUAGCAAUGCUGAUUUCAUUGUUCCUGUUGAGAUCGACGGGACUAUUCAUCAGGUCUACGUAUUGAAAAGGCCGCAUGUGGACGAGUUCCUGCAGAAGAUGGGGAAGCUCUUUGAAUGCGUUCUCUUCACCGCGAGUCUAGCCAAGUACGCUGACCCUGUGGCUGACCUGCUGGAUCGCUGGGGCGUGUUCAGAGCGAGGCUCUUCAGAGAAUCGUGCGUUUUCCACAGAGGGAACUACGUCAAGGAUCUCAGUCGCUUAGGAAGGGACUUGAGCACAGUUAUCAUUGUAGACAAUUCCCCCGCGUCCUACAUCUUCCACCCUGAAAAUGCAGUGCCUGUGCAAUCCUGGUUCGACGACAUGUCAGACACCGAGUUGCAGGAUCUGAUCCCGUUCUUUGAAGGACUGAGUAAAGAAGACGAUGUUUACAGUAUGCUGCAACAUCUCCGCAACAGGUAGCGCUUGUGCUCCAGGUGUAUCGCCAUGGCAGAAGUAUUUCUUACGGCUGAUAUCCCCCUCCCCACCAACAACACCACACCGCCAAACCCCCCGCAG